AUGAAGCUGGAUACGCGGGCAAUGCGCCAUUUGGCAUCUGAGGACUGGCGGGUCCUAACAGCGGUGGAGAUGGGCAGCAAGAACCACGAGAUCGUACCGACACCACUGAUAGAGAGGAUCUCACGCCUUCGGGGCGGCGCGAGCGGAGUACACAAGAGCAUAUCGGCACUCGCCAAGGUGGGCCUCAUUGCUCGAGUCAAAGAAGCAAAGUACGACGGCUAUCGCCUGACGUACGGCGGCCUCGACUACCUCGCCCUGCACACCCAUGCCCAGCGCAAAGACGUCUACAGUGUCGGAAACCGAAUUGGAGUUGGCAAGGAAAGCGACAUCAUGGUCGUCGCGGACCAUACGGGUACGCAGCGGGUGCUCAAGAUCCAUCGCCUCGGCAGAAUAUCGUUCCGAUCAGUCAAGUCGAACCGGGACUACCUCAAGAACCGCGCGUCUGGAUCAUGGAUGUAUCUUUCAAGGCUAGCUGCCAUGAAGGAAUUUGCCUUCAUGAAGGCUCUGUACGAGGAGGGCUUUCCCGUCCCAGUACCGAUUGCGCAAUCCCGACACACCAUCGUCAUGACGCUCAUCGACGCCUUUCCGCUACGUCAAAUCGCUACUGUCCCAGAUCCUGCGUCCCUGUACGCCGAUCUCAUCGCACUGAUACUGCGGCUAGCCAGCCACGGCCUCAUCCACGGCGACUUCAACGAGUUCAACAUUCUCAUCAAGGAAACGAAGACCAUGUCGGAGGAUGGACAGGAGUCAAUUAGUCUCGAGCCCGUCGUUAUCGACUUCCCUCAAAUGGUGUCCAUGGAGCACCAAAACGCAGAAAUGUACUUUGACAGAGACGUCAAUUGCAUCAAGCGCUUCUUUGACCGGCGGUUUCACUUCACAAGCACGCAACCUGGGCCGUUCUUCAAAGACGCCAAGAAGACGGUUGGCAAGGGUGGGCUGAAGAGACUCGAUGCGACCGUCGAGGCUUCGGGCUUUACGAAGAAAAUGCUCAAGGAUCUGGAGGCUGCUAUCAAGGAAAAGGCUGCGAAGGUAGAAACGGGGGUGGACUCUGAGGAUGAAAUCGACAGUGAAGAGGAUGAUGAGGAUGACGAGGAGCAAAGCGACGAUGGCGACGAAGGCCCUGUAGUCAUAGGAUCUGCAACGGCGGAGGAAGAGGGAAUCGCAGACGACGGGUCCGAUCCAACGGCGCAAGGAAGUGACCCUGCUGCCACUGGCUCAGUACAAGAAGGCAUGUCAAAACUAGCAGUAUAG